GUCCAAACACAGGCCAGUGAUCGAGCUGCCGCACUGUGAGAACUCAGAGGUGAUUGUGCGUCUGUACGAGAUGCCAUACUUCCCCAUGGAUUACUGGUCUCGCCAGAUCAGCCGCCUGCUGGAGGUUUCUUCUUACUUACUUUGUGGAAGAGAAAAACCUGUGCGGCCCAACCGUAUCUACUGGAGGAGAGGCGUGUACCUGAGCUGGUCUCCCGAGGCCUACUGUCUGGUGGAGGCUGCCCCGGAGGAGGAGAACCCCUCCAGCUUUGUCAGGGUGACCGUGCCCUCCUCACGCAAAGGCCGGGUGCUGCUGGGUCAGGUGGUGGAUCACAUCGACUCCCUGCUGGAGGAAUGGUUUCCUGGCCUCCUCAACACCGACAUGCACGGCAGUGGAGAGGCUCUGCUGAAGAAGUGGGCUCAGUACAGCUUUGAGGACGGCCAGGAGUGGAGCAAGAUUCUGCUUGAGGACCUCUUUCCAUAUUUUGAAAAGGAUUUUUUGCUGCCGAGCAAGGAGGACCCUAGCUGCACGCUGCCCAUCUCUCAGAUCGCUCCUGACCUGCUGCUGAGUGACCAGCCUGCAGGAACCAUACUGGACAGUGAAGAGCUGCAUGUCGACAUGUCGAAAGAGAACAGACUGGGGGACGGAGGGUUUGGGACCGUCUAUCGAAGUGUCUACAAAAAUGAAGAAGUAGCCGUGAAAAUAUUCAACAAGCACGCGUCAGAGCUUUACAUCAACAGACUCCUCAGACAGGAGUUGGCGGUGUUGGGUCGCCUCCGUCACCCCAGCUUGGUGGGUCUGCUGGCAGCCGGCUCGUAUCCUCAGGUGCUGGUGAUGGAGCUGGCUCUGCGGGGCUCACUGGACUCACUGUUUGAACACGAGAACGGCGGCCUGAACCGAAAACUCCAGCACAGAAUCUCUCUGCAGGUGGCAGACGGACUCAGGUACCUUCACUCCGCCAUGAUCAUCUAUCGGGAUCUGAAGCCUCAUAAUGUCCUCCUAUUCAACCUCAAGACCGACUCUGAGAUCAUCGCCAAGAUCACCGACUACGGCAUCGCUCAGUACUGCUGCAGCAUGGGAGUGAGGAGCUCUGAGGGCACGCCAGGUUUCAGAGCCCCUGAGGUCGCCCGAGGUAACGUGAUCUACAACCAGCAGGCUGACGUGUUCUCGUUCGGCCUGCUGCUCUACGACCUGCUGACUUGUGGUGAGCGCAUCUCUGACGGCAUGAAGUUCCCCAGUGAGUUUGAUGAGGUCGCAGUGCAGGGAAAACUGCCAGAUCCAGUAAAACAUUACGGUGUGUCACCCUGGCCGGGCUUCCAGGCUCUGAUGAAGGACUGUUUGAGGGAGAGCCCUCAGAGUCGACCCACGUCUGCUCAGGUGUUUGAUCGGCUGAACUCAGGAGAGAUGCUGUGCCUGAUGAGGGAGCUGGUGGUUCCUCGGGUAUUCAACGCUGAGUGCUUCACAGUGAGCUCCGGCUGCAGGGACGGAGCCUCGAGCAGCCACACGGCCUGGCUGGGUGGAGGCAGCAGCACCCACAGACAGGGCUCCAUCACAGCCGUGGACCUGGACACUAGCAGGGUCACCACACAGAAAGUCGACACCAGUCCCGUCUUGUGUCUCGUGACCGUCCAGAUCCCGACAGAGGCCUGUGAUUGGUUGGUGGCAGGCACCCAGUCUGGCUCCUUAGUGGUCAUCAGCACUCAGGACCCGUCGACUUGGCACCACCUGCAGAGUGUCACAGACGCCGUCACCUCGCUGUACUUCCAUGUCCACCCUCGCCGCACCCAAAGAAAGAAUUACCUGCUGGUUGGAACAGCUGAUGGAGUUCUCACUGUUUAUGAGGACUCUGUGCUCAAGCAGGAGAACGGGCAGCCGGUUAAAACUCUCACCGUGGGAAACGUCAGCACGCCCGUCAUGUGUCUGGGUCAGUCGAUGCAUUCUCUGGACAGCAGGUCUGUGUGGGCCGGCUGCGGGACCAAGAUCCUCUCCUUCACUGCCGAAUACGACGUCUGCAAGAACAUCGACACGAGACCAAACCUCAUCUUCCAGCAGCAGCGGUCGUUGUCAGGUGAGGCGUGUGUGUCUCGGAUGGUUGUGGAUAAAUAUAUUUACCUGAGUAAGGCUGGGACGACUGUGGAGGUUUGGGAUAAGAGGAGCGAGAGGAUGGUGGACUGCAUCGACUGUGCUCAGAUCAUCAGACAUGACUCUGGCUGCAGAGGCAGGCAUGGCAGCGAGGCGGAGCUGCCCACUGAAGCGGCUCCUUCCUGGGCCAGAGUGAAGGCCCUGCUGGUGCAGAGCGCUGCAACUCUCUGGAUCGGCACCAGAGGGGGCCACCUGCUGCUGCUGGAGAUCUCCAAACACCAGACACUGCAGGUCAUCGGCCCCUGCUGCCGCUCCAUCCGCUGCAUGGCCUCUGCGCUCAUAGAAACACUAAACUGGAAGAAUGUGGUGCUGGUUUUGGGCAGAAGGAUCCCACAGGACACACAUCAUGUUGAGGAGGAGUCCGUGUUGAUGGUGUGGAACAGCACGCUGCCGAUGGAGGUCAAAGACCUGAACAAGCACUGCCAGAAAAGAGAGCAGAUCGCAGCCAAAAUGAGAGAGCAGCUCCAUCUUGACUGAGCCCACACAUCUAGUGUUGGUGGAAAAGGGAUCAACUCUCCGGUGGAUCGAUGUGUCAGCAGAACACGUUAAAGGAGAUGUUUACCUCAUUUUCUGACAGCCAUACUUUAAUCCAAGUGCACUGAUGAAGAACUGACGAUGAGGAGGGGACGCGAUGCAAUGAAUCAAUCAAAGGAAAAUAAAAAAAUCAGGAUGCACAUGAACUAAGAGGACAAUCUCUGUAAUUUGUGAGGAGACAUUUUUCUAAAAGGGACACAGAUGGUGUGAUUUGUGCUCCGCAUGAACUGACAUGUUUGUUUACCUGUAUUAUGAUUUUAUUAAAAAAGAAACUGAAACUGCAGAGAAAGCCAAAGGAACAAAACAUUUUUUAAAGUGUAUACUUGGUUAUUUAUUCUCAUGUCUGUGUUUAUGUGUGUAUGCGUGUGUGUUUACCUGUGAGCCCAUUCACUCCACGUCAGUAAACCGAACACAGGACGUCUCAGACAUCUGCCGGCUUUGUACAAGGUUUUAUGUCAUGUUUCCUGAAGUGGUUUGUGAUGGUGUCAAACUGUCAGUAAAUGCUGGUUUAUGAACUGUGAUGGCGGCUUGCUGCUGAUGUUGUUGUCAGAGGAUCAUUUUACCAAAGAACACGGGGGACAGGAAGAAGUGUUAUUUUGUUUUUUUUUAUAAUUUUGAAUACUUGAAUUAGAGUUUUAGUUAUUCGAUUUUUUAAUACAAUUUGCUGUUUUGUUUCUGCUUCUCCUUUUUUCCCACAGAUUUCUUUACAUGAAGCAUUUUGUAUUUAUGUUGGAUAUUGCAUGUUUGAUAUUGUGGUAUUUGUGUUUCUUACAUUAAAGCUCCAGUGUGCAGGA